CAUUUUUUCCAUUUUUUUCCUGCCUUUCCACUGAUUUCCUUUUUAUCGUUGUUACUAGUUACUUAUUGAUAUUAUUGCUACUAUGAUGCUGGUGACUGUGACUAUGAUGAUGUAUUGCUGAUGGUGAUGUUUUAAAAAAAAUGACUGCUCAUUUUUAACCGGAUGAAAAUGGAGUUUUUCUGAGUGAUCCUAACUGACUUUGGGCUUUUAACCCCUUGGGGGGGAAAACGCAACAAGGUUUUUAAAACACAUUUUUUAAAAAGUGGAUUGAUCGCGUUAACUCUUUUUUUCCCUCCCUCCCCGAUCGCCUGGCUGCCAAGAAUGGAACCCGAUUUCUCUCCAGAACUUGUUUGAACAUCUCAGGAAGCUCCUGCACUUUUUAUUAUUUUUUUAUUUUUAAUUUUUAAUAUUUUAUUUCUGUGCAAUUUUUCAACUGUUGCUGCAAUGUGUCUAUGGUGCUGAUCACUCCCUAGCAGUGGCAGCUUUUCCCUGGUCAGACCCCGCUCCCCACCCCUUUCAUGCCCCUCAGUUCCUGCCCCAGUCUUUUCCUCCACACCGUCCCUCCCUUACAAACGCCGCCAUGGACCCAGUCUGGAGUAGCCGAGGCAGCUGCCAGCGGAGCCUCACACGGAGCAGCCACAAACCCAUCUGGGCUGAUGGACUGUGUUUCGGCUGCGUGCGUGAGUCAUGGCCAGCAACGUCACCAACAAGACAGACCCGCGUUCCCUGAACUCCCGCGUCUUCAUCGGGAACCUCAACACACUAGUGGUGAAGAAGUCUGAUGUGGAGGCCAUCUUCUCCAAAUACGGCAAGAUCGUCGGCUGCUCUGUGCACAAGGGCUUUGCCUUCGUGCAGUACGUCAACGAGCGCAACGCUCGUUCCGCCGUGGCGGGAGAGGACGGCAGGAUGAUCGCAGGCCAGGUCCUAGAUAUUAAUCUGGCUGCUGAGCCGAAGUUGAACCGGGGCAAAGCUGGGGUGAAGAGAUCGGCCACAGAGAUGUACGGGUCAGUAGCCGCACCACCUUCUCCGUCCCCUCUAGUCAGGUCCUCUUUCGACCUGGAUUAUGACUUCCAGCGUGACUACUAUGACAGGAUGUACAGCUAUCAAGCCCGGGUGCCGCCUCCCCCUCCUAUUGCCAGGGCUGUGGUACCCUCCAAACGCCAGCGGGUUUCUGGCAACACCUCCCGCAGGGGCAAGAGCGGGUUCAACUCCAAGAGCGGGCAACGGGGUUCGUCCUCCAAGUCCGGGAAGUUGAAAGGAGAUGAUCUGCAGACCAUUAAGAAGGAACUGACCCAGAUUAAGCAGAAGGUGGAUUCCCUGCUGGAAAGCCUGGAGAAGAUAGAGAAGGAUCAAAGUAAACAGUCGGAACUGAAGAAUGACAAGUCAGAGGAGGAGCAGAGCAGCAGCUCCGCAAAGAAAGAAGAGAGCAAUGUCAAGAUGGAGUCGGAGGCUGGGGCAGAUGACUCCGCUGAGGAAGGGGACCUGCUGGACGACGACGACAAUGAAGACCGGGGAGACGACCAGCUGGAGUCCAUCAAGGGUGACGACAAGGAGCCCGAAGAAGGCGAAGAUGACAGAGACAGCGCCAAUGGCGAAGAUGACUCCUAAGAGCCUGGCAUUCCUCUGCUCUCCUCUGCUCUCCUCUCCUCUCCUCCCUGGCAAACACGACGUUCUUCUGAUAUUGAGCCUCUCACCAGCCCUUCGUCGGCUGCCCCCUCUCUGCCCCCUCCCCUCCCUCUCGGCCCUGUGUGUUCAGGAUGUUGUCUUCUGUUGCAUCUGUCCUCCUUUUCUUCCAGUCUCCCCAAGUAGUUCGGUUAAACUCCCUGUAAUUCUCCUCUUUUAAUUUUGAUACCUCUUUAUUGACUUAACAAUUAAAAAGGACGUAUUGUUUUUA